AUGAUUUCGUCUACUUUUGCGCCGAGCCUUACGCGACGGGAUACGGCCAAAUCCAGUGGUGGAUAUGAAAGCGCACAUGGCAGCAUUCCGCCUCCUGUGAUCACCGGCGGCCCAUUUGGACCACAGAGUGCUGGUGCAAUCUAUCAACAGAUCCAUGAGAUGGCAGCGAAGCGAAUCUCAACACUGGAUUACUUGAGAAAGGCCCAUGAGGGUCGGGUUUACUGGUUCAAUACUGUGCAUUUCUCCCGCGCCGAUAUCAACCGUCUCCCGUACUUCGACCACAGGAAGCUGUCGCGUCGAGCAAUCAACUAUCUCCUUCUGGGUCUGUCCUUGCCCCCGAUCCUCGACGUCAAUUCAACCCCAGUCGAGUAUUUACGAGCCUUAAAUGCCUUGUUGCUGGAGUUUGAAGCCUACCAGCAAGUACAUCCACCCGAUGGUGGCUCUUCCUCGAGCCUCGCCCGAGCACGCAUACCCCAAAUGUUCAAAAGAGCAGCCCAUGCCGGCACCAAAACCCGACGAGGUAGCUCGGCAACCGAAAUCGGUCUCCCGAUGCAAACCAGUGACCCGACCGACCUCAAAAGCUCGGCGGGGAAUAUCACCGCCCCUUCCACCGCGGCAGCCUCGGUGAUCUCCUUUCCGCUCACCGAAUCAUCUGAUCUUCUUCCGGGGGAAGAAUAUUCCUACCUUCUCACUCCUUCUUUACCCUUCGACCCAGACUUCUUUGAGACAUUCGCGACUCUUUGUGACGUCUUGAUUGACUGCUACAGUCGACUCACGACACUAGUAUCAUCACCAUCCGUGUGUACAGUGGCAUUGGGCGAGAUGUUCUCCAAAGCCGAUGCCAAGUUGCGGAAGAUUAUGGUAGCCGGUGCCGUGCGGGAGUUUGAGGACGCGAGUCGGAAUGGCGUCAAAAACGAAGUAGCUGGAGUCAGCCGAGUGGUUCUUGGCGGCUUACUGGGAUAG